UUUUUUAAUCUUUAUAAACCUCACUCCCCACCCCAGACCCUUCUAGACAACACUCAAAUACAGAGAUAAUGGAAGUUCUAAGAAGGGUCGACGGUGGUGGGCUUCUGGUGGCGGUGGCGGUGGUGGUAUUGCUGGCGGCGGUGCCGGAAGUUUCGGCGACACGGUGGACUGUCGGUGGCAACAUGGGUUGGACAACUAAUGUGAACUACACUAUUUGGGCUCAGGAUAAGCACUUCUAUUAUGAUGACUGGCUCUUUUUUGUGUAUGACAGGAACCAAAUGAAUGUGUUGGAAGUGAACAAGACAGACUAUGAGAAUUGCAUUUCUGAUCAUCCACUCCACAAUUUCACCACAGGAGCUGGAAGAGAUGUCGUUCAUUUGAAUGUGACCAGGCCUUAUUACUUCAUAAGUGGCAAGGGCUUUUGCUAUGGAGGCAUGAAACUCGCUAUCCAUGUCGAACACCUACCUCCCCCGCCCUCAAGCUCGCCCUUGAACGAAAAGAGCAGUGCUCUCAGAUCUACCUACAUUAGCCACACCCCAUUCAUUUUAACCGCUGUUUUCGCCAUCACUGCUCUGUACGAAGCUUUCGCCCGGCUCUGGUAGAGACCAGUGUUAUUGAUUCAUAUUCAAUAGAGUACAUUUUUCUUCACCAAAUUGUGGAAGGAAGUUCAACUUAUUAAUUCUCUUCUUUCUUUUUUUGAGGGUGUUGGUGUCUCUUUUGUGUCAUCUUUUGCUUUCCCUUUGAUUUAGACUUCAAUAUUCAAAAUAGAUAUUUUUUUUCUUUUUUCAAUUUAAUUUAAAAUUUGGCAGUGUUCUUGUUUGGGUGGUGGAUAUUUGAAUUUUGAUAACACUCUUUAAGUUAUUUUGUCCACUUAAAUGGGUUUUACAAGCAA